UCCUCCUGGGCCGCCGCCGCGUACUUAAACUUUGGAGGGGUGGAAAAAAAGAGGGGCCCGCGCCGCGCGACCCUCCCUUGACCCCCCCGCCCCGCCCCGCCUCCGGUAACGCCCCUUCCCCGCGGCCCCGGACCCCAACUUUUCUCCAACUUCUGAGACCCAAUCCCGCCAUCCUCUGGUCUCUCAUCUGGCCAGUUAUCUCCUCCUGACUCCCUGAGCUCCUCCCCUAGGUCCCCUGGGAUCUAGGACCCAGUUUUCCAGGACUUCCCCAGCCGGAUCCCGGGUGGGCCACCGGGUCCGGACCUGCCCCCCAUGGCCGCUGCCCCCACCCAUCCCGCCGGGCUCCCCGGCUCUCCGGGGCCGGGGUCUCCUCCGCCCUCCACUGGCUUGGAGCUUCAGUCGCCACCCGCGCUGCUGCCCCAGGGCCCGGCGCCGGGCUCGGGGGUCUCCUUCCACAUCCAGAUCGGGCUGACCCGCGAGUUUGUGCUGUUGCCCGCGGCCUCCGAGUUGGCCCACGUGAAGCAGCUGGCUUGCUCUAUUGUGGACCAGAAGUUCCCAGAGUGCGGUUUCUAUGGCCUUUACGACAAGAUCCUGCUUUUCAAACAUGACCCCACGUCUGCCAAUCUCCUGCAGCUGGUGCGCUCUGCAGGGGACAUCCAGGAGGGCGACCUGGUGGAGGUGGUGCUGUCAGCCUCUGCUACCUUUGAGGACUUCCAGAUCCGCCCGCAUGCCCUCACGGUGCACUCCUACCGCGCUCCAGCCUUCUGCGACCACUGCGGGGAGAUGCUCUUUGGCCUGGUGCGCCAAGGCCUCAAAUGCGACGGCUGCGGGCUGAACUAUCACAAGCGCUGUGCCUUCAGCAUCCCCAAUAACUGCAGCGGGGCCCGCAAGCGCCGCCUGUCAUCCACCUCCCUGGCCAGCGGUCACUCAGUGCGCCUGGGCAGCUCGGAGUCCCUGCCCUGCAUGGCGGAGGAGCUGACCCGGAGCACCACGGAUCUCCUGGGUCGCCGGCCGCCCUCGUCCUCCUCCUCGUCUUCUUCCUCAUUCUACACGGGCCGCCCCAUCGAGCUGGACAAGAUGCUGCUCACCAAGGUGAAAGUGCCGCACACCUUUCUCAUCCACAGCUACACACGGCCCACUGUUUGCCAGGCUUGCAAGAAACUCCUCAAGGGUCUCUUCCGCCAGGGUCUACAGUGCAAAGACUGCAAGUUCAACUGUCACAAACGCUGUGCCACCCGUGUCCCCAAUGACUGUCUGGGGGAGGCGCUCAUCAACGGAGAUGUGCCAAUGGAGGAGGCCACGGACUUCAGUGAGGCCGACAAGACUGCCCUCCUGGAUGAGACAGAUGACACUGGUGUCAUCCCUGGCUCCCACUCCGAGAAUGCCCUCCAUGCCAGUGAGGAAGAGGAAGGCGAGGGAGGAAAGGCCCAGAGCUCCUUGGGCUACAUCCCCCUGAUGAGGGUGGUACAGUCAGUGCGACACACCACACGCAAGUCCAGCACCACGCUGCGGGAGGGUUGGGUGGUUCAUUACAGCAACAAGGACACUCUGAGGAAGCGGCAUUAUUGGCGCCUAGACUGCAAGUGCAUCACGCUGUUUCAGAACAACACCACCAACAGAUACUACAAGGAGAUCCCACUGUCAGAAAUCCUCGCCGUGGAACCCGCCCAGAACUUUACCCUCGUGCCACCCGGCACCAACCCACACUGCUUUGAGAUCAUCACCGCCAAUGCUACCUAUUUUGUGGGCGAGAUGCCUGGUGGAGCCCCGGGUGGGCCAAGUGGACAGGGGGCGGAGGCUGCCCGGGGCUGGGAGACGGCCAUCCGCCAAGCCCUGAUGCCUGUCAUCCUCCAAGAUGCGCCCAGUGCCCCAGGCCAUGCGCCCCACCGACAAGCUUCUCUGAGCAUCUCUGUGUCCAACAGUCAAAUCCAAGAGAAUGUGGACAUUGCCACUGUCUACCAGAUCUUCCCAGAUGAGGUGCUUGGCUCAGGGCAGUUUGGAGUGGUCUAUGGAGGAAAGCACCGGAAGACUGGAAGGGAUGUGGCGGUAAAAGUCAUCGACAAACUGCGCUUUCCCACCAAGCAGGAGAGCCAGCUGAGGAACGAAGUGGCCAUUCUUCAGAGUCUGCGGCACUCCGGGAUCGUGAACCUGGAGUGUAUGUUCGAGACACCUGAGAAGGUGUUUGUGGUGAUGGAGAAACUACAUGGAGACAUGUUGGAAAUGAUUCUCUCCAGCGAGAAGGGCCGGCUGCCUGAGCGCCUAACCAAAUUCCUCAUUACCCAGAUCCUGGUGGCUUUGAGACACCUUCACUUCAAGAACAUUGUGCACUGUGAUUUGAAACCAGAAAACGUGUUGCUGGCCUCAGCGGAUCCCUUCCCUCAGGUGAAGCUGUGUGACUUCGGCUUCGCCCGCAUCAUUGGGGAGAAGUCCUUCCGGCGCUCUGUGGUGGGCACACCUGCCUACCUGGCCCCAGAGGUGCUGCUCAACCAGGGCUACAACCGCUCACUGGACAUGUGGUCGGUGGGGGUGAUCAUGUAUGUCAGCCUCAGUGGCACGUUCCCCUUCAAUGAGGAUGAGGACAUUAAUGACCAGAUCCAGAAUGCUGCCUUCAUGUACCCUGCCAGCCCCUGGAGCAACAUCUCAGCUGGUGCCAUCGACCUCAUCAACAACCUGCUUCAAGUGAAGAUGCGAAAGCGCUACAGCGUGGACAAGUCUCUCAGCCACCCCUGGUUACAGGAGUACCAGACGUGGCUGGAUCUCCGAGAGCUGGAGAAUAAAAUGGGCGAGCGGUACAUCACACACGAGAGUGAGGAUGCACGCUGGGAGCUGUUCCUGACAGAGCGCAUGUUGACCAGCCCUGAAUUGCCCGCGGAUGGGGAGCUCGCCGGCGCCCGAUUGCCGCAGGACCAUGAGAUGCAGGGACUAGCCGAGCGCAUCAGCAUCCUAUGAGCUGCUGCUCCAGGGAACAUCCCAGAGUUGGGAUGUUUUAGGGGAAGCAGUUACCCGCCCAGACUGGAUGCUUCUUUUUGCAGGAUGCUGCAAUGGGAGUGGGGAGGUUAUCUCGAAGGCCCUCCCUGUCUCCCCAACAAUUAAAAUGGACUUGUCUCUCGCCA